AGCUCCACCACCUGCACUCUCCAUCUCCCGACUCCUCGCUGCCUCUUGUUUUGGCUUCUCAUCCUCAUUCCCUCCUUCCCAUCCUCUCCGCCCUCCACGCCACCCCCCUUCUCCCAGCGCCAUCCCUCUUCCCGCCUUCUCACCCGACUACCUCGUCUUUGUCAUUGCACCUCAAUCCCCCGACUCACGCCAGUCCCUCGCCCAAUCGAGUACUAUCCAACACGCACGCCCAUCUGAAGGAGACUUCAGUGCAAGAGUGGCUCAACACCACACCCCAUCCCGCAAUCGGCAGCACACUCCGCAUCCGGCAGGUUGCUAGGAAAGGAAGAUGGUGGAAGCGGCGGACGGGCAGCAGCCGCCAACAUGGAAGUUUACACAAUGCUUUGGUGACAAGGGCGACGUCGAGGAUAUCACAGAAGCCGACAUAAUCUCUACCGUAGAGUUCGAUCAGACGGGCAAUUACCUCGCCACCGGUGACAAGGGCGGCCGCGUGGUCCUGUUUGAGCGCAACGAAACCAAAAAGACCUGCGAGUACAAAUUCCACACCGAAUUCCAAUCACACGAGCCCGAAUUCGACUACCUCAAAUCCCUCGAGAUUGAAGAGAAAAUCAACAAAAUCAAGUGGUGCCGGAGACAAAAUGCCUCGCACUACCUUUUGUCCACCAAUGACAAGACAAUCAAGCUGUGGAAGGUGUUUGAAAAGUCAUUGAAGGUGGUGGCCGAGAACAACCUCUCCUCCGAGCUCACUCCGGCCGGUGCUGCAAAUGGUGGAGGGCCGGUGCGAUACCCUCAGCAAUUCCGAAGCGUGGCAGAUCUCAAAUUCCCCCGAAUGACCCAUCAUGACACCGUCGUGGCCGCCGUUCCCCGCCGAGUAUACGCCAAUGCACACGCCUACCACAUCAACAGCAUAUCCGUCAACAGCGAUGGUGAGACGUUCAUCAGCUCCGACGACCUACGGAUAAAUCUGUGGAACCUAAACAUCCAAGACCAGAGCUUCAACAUUGUCGACAUCAAGCCCGCGAAUAUGGAGGAGCUGACCGAGGUCAUUACUGCUGCGGAGUUCCACCCAAUCAGUUGCAACUGGUUCAUGUAUGCAUCGAGCAAGGGCACGAUUAAGUUGGCAGACAUGCGGCAAAAGGCAUUGUGUGACGAGCACGCCAAGCAAUUCGAGCAGGAAGAAGACCCCGCCUCCCGCUCCUUCUUCUCCGAAAUCAUCUCCUCUAUCUCCGACGUUCGAUUUUCCUUCGACGGCCGCUACAUCCUCUCCCGCGACUAUCUCACCGUGAAAAUCUGGGACGUCAACAUGGAGCGACAGCCGGUCAAGACGAUCCCCAUCCACGAGCACCUCCGACCCAAGCUCUGCGACACGUACGAAAACGACAGCAUCUUCGACAAGUUCGAAGUCGUCUUCUCCGGCGACGCCAAGAACGUCAUGACGGGCAGCUACAACAACAACUUCAUGAUCUACCCGAGCGAAGAGGGCAAGGACACGGAGGUGGUGCUGCAAGCCGACAAGUCCGCUUUCAAGGCCAAGAAGGUCGGCAUUCCGACGCCCAUGAACUCCUCCACUUCUCCCACGGCGGGCAAGAAGGGCAGCCGGGCGAACAGUCCUACCCCUGGGGGAGCGCAGCGGAUGCGCAAGGAGACGGACGCCGACCAGAUUGAUUUUAACAAGAAGAUUUUGCAUAUGAGCUGGCAUCCGCACGAGGACAGUAUUGCGAUUGCUGCUACGAAUAAUCUCUUCGUCUUCUCGGCGCUCUAGAUUGCGGCCACACCUACGCACCCAUGAGGAUAGGAGCAUUGGGUGGGGAAGGAUGACAAUUGGUGCUAGAUGGCGCGGCCGUUUGUGUUUCGCGGCGCUCGUGAUCAGGGGUAGUGGAGGUCAGAGUGGUGGUCACACAGGCUAGAUACGAUACGCAGGGCUGAGGGGCAGUGCCGAUGAAUGAGACCUAGAUUUAUGCAAUGACUUGUG